GAACUGAAGAGGAAGAGCGCGCGCCGGACGCUUCCUGGUCUCGGUCACGUGGUGUGUCACGCGUCGCGCACAGUUGAGGCGUUCAAAGAUCGCGUUCAGAAGCAGAAGCAGAACCCGAAAUGUCGCUCCGAUACCCCGACAGAGUUGUCAUCGUGACCGGGGGAUCCAAAGGGAUCGGGAGAGGGAUCGUCAAAGUGUUUGUGGAGAAUGGAGCCAAAGUGGUGUUUUGUGCAAGAGGAGGUGCGGCAGGUGAGGCUCUGGAGGCGGAGCUAAACAAAACAGGACCUGGCUCGUGCAAAUUUGUCACAUGCGACAUCUCCAAAGAGGAUGACAUCAAGAGGCUGAUCGACGUCACGGUGGCGCGUCACGGACACGUGGACUGCCUGGUCAACAACGCGGGGUGGCACCCUCCUCACAAACCCACCGAUGACGUCACGGCGCAGGAGUUCCGGGACCUGCUGAAUCUGAACGUCGUCAGCUACUUCUUGGCUUCUAAGUACGCGCUGCCGUAUCUACGCCAGCGUCAUGGAAACAUCAUCAACGUGUCCAGUCUGGUGGCGACCAUCGGUCAAAAGCACGCCGCCCCGUACGUGGCCACCAAGGGGGCGAUCAUCUCCAUGACUAAGGCGAUGGCCGUGGACGAGAGUGUCCACAACGUGAGAGUGAACUGCAUCUCUCCAGGCAACGUGCUGACGCCGCUGUGGGAGGAACUAGCAGGACAAACACCCGAUGCUGCUGCAGCCAUCAAAACAGGAGAAACCCAUCAGCUGCUGGGGCGCAUGGGGACCGAGGGGGAGUCCGGACUGGCCGCCUUGUACCUGGCCGCGGACGCCACUUUCUGCACCGGGAUCGACCUGCUGCUCAGCGGAGGAGCCGAACUCAACUACGGCAUCAAGAGUCAGAUCCCCUCCUGACCGUCGCCUCCCACCCCGAGCACCCAAGGGACGAGUCACGGCCUCUGCGCCAUCUCAAGAGAUUCUACAUGUUUACAGGGUCCUCAGUCAUGUGAUUGUUCGCCACAACAGCCUCUUAUACACGUCUUAUGUGUCUUUGCAAGCUUAGGUUCAAUGUGUUUGGUUAAAGGGUUAAACUUUGAUUUCCGAAUAUUAAUAAUACGGUAUGGUCUUAUUCUCUUUAUUGUAAACCUUUUUUUAUCUUGUGUUCCUAUGUGUUUUGUCCAGUAUCUCUGUUUUUCUAAUUGUCUUACCUUCGCACAUUGACUAUGUGCAUUGUGCAGCACUAUUAAACUUGACAGGACUUGUCCUGGUUCCCCACGGACUCAUCGUCGUCGAACUGCUUGUUUAGCGGUUUUCAAAUUAAGUGUGGAUUAUACAUUCACUAAUACCAUACUCGGGCUAUUGUGCUUUAAGGAUGUAUCAUAAUCCGUAAUUGAUCCCCCAUGAGGGGAAUUUGGCUGUUGAACUAGCUUGUGUCCAGAUAAACCGAUUAAUAAAUAUAACAAAACCCUCUU